AUGGUGCGCGUGAAGGCAUAUGAGCUGCGCAACAAGACCUCCAAGGAGCUGCUGAAGGAGUUGGACGACAUGAAGGCUGAGUUGGCCCAGCUUCGCGUCUCGAAGGCAGCCGUCGCUGUUUUCCAGGAAGGUGAAGAUGCGGCAGGCGAGGCAAGGGCGCAAACACGCUGCGCUGCCAUCUUCUUAGACCGCAAGGACUUCGACGAAGCCUUGGUUUCCGCCAAAAGAGCAGCAGCCGUGUUCGAGUGCUGUGGCCUGGUCGACGAGGAACUUCGCGAAAGCCAGCUGACGAGCAUCAACACCCAGGCGUUUGCCCUGGCACAGCUCGGCAAAUUUACGGAGGCUCUCCAUUAUCUCGAGGAGCAGCUGAAGCAGUUCCGGGCAGCCAAAGAUAAGAGAGGAGAAGGGUGGACGCUGCUCAUCAGCGCGCAGCUUCUGCAGGCCCAGGGCCGUCUCGAGCCGGCGUUAGGCGCCCUGGCCGCUGCGGCGCCGAAGUUGGCGGCGGCCGGGGAUCCGCGCGAGGCGAAGGCAUGGCAUCUCAGCACCCAGAUCCACAUGGAGCGGAAAGACCUAUCUAAGGCGUUGGCGGCAACGGAGAUGUCAGCGUUGGCUUACCGCAAGGCCGGAGACAAGCGCGGAAGAGCACAGAUCGCGGCGCUUAUGGCAGAAAUCCAGUUCCUCCUUUGCGGUGUCGAGAAAGCGCGGGAGGGCAGCCUGGAGGAUGCGAGGCGUGCAGCGAAGGAGGCCGUUGCGCUCUUCCAAGACAUCCGGGAAAGAAGUGUCGAGCUGGGCUACUGUUUGCACUGCCUCGCCAACAUCAAUCUGGCGCUGCAUGAUUGGGAAGCCGCUCUGCAUGCUGCCCAGGAGGCGCUGGACGUUUUCCGGGCGCUGCACGAACCCAAGCUCGAGACCACUGCCUUGCUCCUCGAGUCUGCAGCGUACCUGGGGCUGCAAGACUUCGAACAGAGCAGGCGUCGGGCAAACGAGGCCAAGGAGAUUUACGAAGCAGCCGGGGCAGGUGCAGGGACCGACUCGGUCGACAAUUGGCUCCAGAGCAUCGAGAAGUAUGCAAAAGGUGAGCUGAAGAUUCGCAGCUUUCACGGCUUCUCCAUGCGCCGCACAUACGGCACUCCUGUAGCUGCGCAGCCGGAGCAGCAUCAAAGUUUCAAACCUCCUCGGCGAAUGUCCAACAUCAACGACAUUGAAAUCAUCACUGCCGACGACUCCAAGGCCACGCGAAGCACCAUCAUCGUCUACCAGGGCUUGGAGCAUCGAAGCGCUGGAGGGGGAGCUCCCCAGCCUCCGGCAAAGAGGGUUCAUGUUCCUGAGCUGGAAGCAUUCGG